AGUGCGUGUAGUGCGCGCAUUACCACAAAACCAAACAGUCGCAGUAACCUCAAAUAUCUGCAAGAUAACGGCAGAAAAUAAUUAAUAAAUGACGCGAAUGAUUUAUUAACGAAUUAUAAUACAUGAUGGAUAAAACAAAACCGAAGUUUAAACACCCACCGAGUUUGUUCACAAGAAUCUUCACGAAACCUGACCUAAGCCUUCCGGAUGGAUGGGCAUCAUACAAUUGCAUCAAAAAUGACCAAAGAACAAUCUUGUUAUCACAGUUGACUAUUUACAAUCAUCAACCCAUCAUGUUAAGACAAAUCAUCCUGCAAGAGAACUUAACACUAAAGUAUUUUGUGGGUAAACAUGAAGUGCACUUAAACAAUAUCAACAAUGUUUAUGUGCCAAGUGCCAUCAAGAUGGAGGCUGAUGUCAGGUCUGUUAUUGCCACAAUCUCAUCAAUUAACAUAUGCAAUGGAUUUGCAAUGGUUAAGGAGAAUCCUGGUAAUGAAGUGCUAGGUUUGAUCUAUGACCAUGAAAUGCAUACUUGGAGACAUAAAGAUUGCAGUCACUGGUUAGAGAGGCCACAAACAACAUGCUCAAACUGUUUAACAGUAAUAAAUCAAAAUGAUGCGGAAUCAGAAAUCACCACGUUCAAUACGAUGGAUCCCCAAGCGCACGUUGUUUCAACGUCUAGUACACCGAUGGAGACUGAGGAUGUUUUGCCCUCAACGUCUGCAAUACCUCUCACUGUGCAACACUCAGCCAAUCCCGCCGAAUCUAAUACCUUGCGAAACCAAAUCACCACGCUCAACAUGAUGGAUCCCUGUGCGCACAUUCCUUCAAUAUCCAGUACACCGAUGGAGACCGAGGAUGCUUUGCGGUCAACGUCUGCAAUACUCACCAAAGCCGAAAUGAAUGCCCUGCGAAAUCGUGAGUACAGAAAACGUGCAGCAGCUAUUAGAACCCCAGAACAGGCCGCGGCGUUUGCAAGAAAAGCCGCUGAAAGACGACGCAAAUCGUACCAUCUACGUAGAGCUGCUUUAUUAGCUCUCGCCAGCGGCACGGUGGAGACAACUAAAAAUGUACAAACCAGCGCUCAGCGAAAACGUGCAUCUCGACAGCGUCAAUCCGAACGACUUAGGAGUGCUGCACAACUAGCCCAGUCAUACUAGGUAAAAAAAGGGGUCAACCUCGGAAUGAAAGAUAAUAAGCUGAAAAUUGGUAUGAACCUUUGUUUUGUCAUUCUAAAUGUUGUCUCAAAAGUCACAAUCGUUAUCGUGCCUGCGUCUCAAGAUAUUCAAGGUCAAAGGUCACAAAAAUCGGUUUUUCGCGAAUAUCUGGCUUCCUAUCGGUUAAAUGAGAUUUGCAUUCAUUAUAAAAGUUGUAGGCUAUAAAAUUCCCUACAACUUUUGUUUAAACUUUUUUUUCAUACGACCAACCGUUUUGAAGGUAGAGCGCGAAGAGUGCACAUCGUACAGUCAUAUACGGCCUAAUGCAAGGUCAAGCGUGAGUUAUGGUUAUCAGUACGUUAUAAAGUCAAUUAUUUACUUGGAAAUUAUAAUUAUUAAACAAUGCCCAUUAUUUAUGUACUAACUAUUAAUUAUUUAUAUUUAAUUAAAGUAAGAUCAUAUAUUUUAGUUUUAUUUUAAGUUAAAAUGAUAGUAAGAGUAUAUAUUUUACACAUAUUUUUAUUUAUUAUUAAAUACGGCAUAAUAUACAUUUAUCAAAAUGUGAGUUCAAAUAUCAAAAUUAUCUUUGUUGAUUUUAAUUGUAAUGAAAUUGGAAAUGGAAGCUAAUUAGAAAGACUUCAUUUCGUUUUUUGCACUUGACGUUGAAGGUUCACUCUCAUCUGUGCGUCGUUUCGAUGCAAUAAUAACAUUUUUACUCGUGUACACUUUUCGACACUCGGAAUGCACAUUUACAGAACUUAAAGUAUUUAAAUAGUCUAUAUGUCCAUCAUUUCUUUCAAUACUUGCAGUUUUUAAAGUUUGUAAACCACGUACGACAUUCACAGAAACACCUUCUGAAAGUGACUUAUCACAUAUAAAACACAAAUCAGCCAUAGCUCUUAAAACCGUACGUCCGUAGUUGCAACGGUACAAUUUCAAACUUAACGAAUAACUAACGUUAUAUUAUUUUCUAAUUUGAAUACGUAGUCCAUGUUUAUAAGAUGUAUUUAUUAAAUUGUUUUGUGAUUUAUAUGGAUUUUACAAUUUUGUAUGAGUUUUACAUGUUUCGCCCUGUGGGCAUCGUCAGAAACUGAUUUGAAAUUUGGUGUUUUAGGGUGUUCUUAGUGUCAAGUGUUUUUGUGUUGUGUUAAUGAGUGUUAUCGUGGGUUGUAGGUAUGUGGAGUUUUUUGAGGGGUUUGAAGAUAGUGUCGUGUAUUGAGUUUAUUUGUUCGUUUAAGAGUGUGUGUUUGAUUUUGUGCUUGUAAAUUUGAAUAUUAUUUUCUUUUAUGUUUAGGUAUUUGUCAUUAGAGGUUUUUAAUAUGGUUAGUAUGUUUUCUAUUGUGUUGUGUUGGUGGCUGUGUUUUAAGAUGUGUUUUGCGUAGUGUGAGUGGUAUGUGUGUGGAUUUUUUAUUGCAUUGGUGUGUUCGUUAUAUCUUAUUAGCAUGUUUCUAUUUGUUUUUCCUAUGUAUAUUUCUUGACAAGUGUGGCAUGUGAGUUUGUAUAUUCCACUAUUUUUGUAUGUGUUUGUACUAUUUGUUGUGUGUGUUUGUAGUUUGUUGAUGAGUUUUUGUUUGGUUUUGUAUGCUAUUUUGUGGUUUUUAAAUAUAUUUGAUAUGUUAUAUGUGUUACUUUAAUUAAAUAUAAAUAAUUAAUAGUUAGUACAUAAAUAAUGGGCAUUGUUUAAUAAUUAUAAUUUCCAAGUAAAUAAUUGACUUUAUAACGUACUGAUAACCAUAACUCACGCUUGACCUUGCAUUAGGCCGUAUAUGACUGUACGAUGUGCACUCUUCGCGCUCUACCUUCAAAACGGUUGGUCGUAUGAAAAAAAAGUUUAAACAAAAGUUGUAGGGAAUUUUAUAGCCUACAACUUUUAUAAUGAAUGCAAAUCUCAUUUAACCGAUAGGAAGCCAGAUAUUCGCGAAAAACCGAUUUUUGUUACCUUUGACCUUGAAUAUCUUGAGACGCAGGCACGAUAACGAUUGUGACUUUUGAGACAACAUUUAGAUUGACAAAACAAAGGUUCAUACCAAUUUUCAGCUUAUUAUCUUUCAUUCCGAGGUGAAAGCCCUAAUAUGACUGGGCUAAACCCAGUACUUCAUCGAAUCAAGCAGCAGUGCACUAAGAACAACCUACCUGGUCUACAAAAUAAAACGAUAGAUGUAAUUUAAAAUUUGAAAAAA